AUGCUUGAGGCAUCAAAGCCAGCCACGUUAGCAGCGGUAGCGGCAGCGGCGACAUUUGUCAACAUGCCGGCCGACAGACGCCUCAACGGCGUCGUGCUCGGCGUCUGCUGCGAUCAGCUGCGUGCUGCUCAGCGUCCCCUCCCCAUCGGGCUGACAAGCACAAUGAUGACAACAACAACAAUGCCGGAGCCCAUGGAGAAGCACCUGGAGGAGCGACGACGAUACUGGCCACCGCCUUGCUUCAUACUGCUGAUAUCCUUGCUGGAGAUUGGAAUCUUUGUGUACGAAUUCGAUGAGCUUGCAAACGGCGACUCGUGGCUCAUCUACCGCCCGGAUCGGCGACUCCAACUAUGGCGCUUCGUUUCCUAUGCCCUGCUCCAUGCCAAUUGGCUGCAUCUCGGAUUCAAUGUGGGGACGCAGCUGCUCUACGGGGUACCACUGGAACUGUUUCAUGGAUCCCUUCGAAUUGGCAUCAUUUAUGUGGCAGGCGUCCUAGCGGGUUCUCUGGGCACAAGCAUUGUCGACUCCGCGGUGUAUCUGGUGGGGGCUAGUGGUGGUGUUUAUGCCCUUCUAUCUGCCCAACUGGCCAAUAUCCUGCUUAACUUCGGACAAAUGCGUCAUGGUCUGGCCCAGCUUGUUUCAGUUGGCAUUUUCGUGUCCUGCGAUUUGGGCUUCGCACUGUACUCGAGGCAGUUCUCCAUGGAGACUUCACUGCCUGCGGUCUCGUAUAUAGCGCACAUGACUGGCGCGUUGGCCGGCUUUACUGUGGGCCUCUUGGUUCUACGGAACUUUGACGGCGGAUCGCACACCAGACUUUUGCGGUGGCUGGCUUUGGGAGUUUGUGCGGCUUUCAGCGUUUUUGCUAUUGCCUUCAAUCUUAUCAACUCGGUGACGGCCCAAAUGCUGGCCGAACAAGAGGGUGAGGUCAUCAAGGAGCAUCUGCUGCACGAUCUGGGCAUCUCGUAGAUAGUUGUUGAUGAGCCCACAAACGGUACCUCCUGAGUUUACGAGCAAACUGUUGUGCUUUUUUGCAAAAGACUGAGAACUUAUUCGAAUCAGCAGACGGUGCAUCAAAGAGUCUAUGAAGGCAACUUCGACUUGCGUUAAUAUCUGGAUAAUACUCACACCUACUAUAUCAUACAUAGCCUAGUCAAUAGAUUUAAAGAGAUCCUAAAAAGUGCUCAAAUGUAUCUCUAAGAACAUGAGUAAUUCACUGAUUGUAUAUUUUCUUUACUUGGUACGCUCAAACUAUCUCUAAUGUCAUAAAUGUCAAUAAAUAAUAUUUUACAGUAUUGCCAAAGGAGUAGGAAGACCCAUUUGCUCAAUGCGUCAGGGCCGAGCGAGGCUCAUUCGAAUGCAAGCGUUUCAAAGACUUUCCAAUGAAAUCUAUUUGCAUACUUGUAUUCAUGUUUGUACUGGUAGUUCAGGCCAACAGAUAUUAGGAAAUGAAAAGCAAUAAAAGUCAGACAUUAGCAUAACUACUACACUACAUAAGUAUAUAUAAAUAUAAGUAUAUAUU